ACCCCAAGAAAAGAAAUUUCCUAGUUCCCCUGGUAAACACAGAGAUAUACUUUUCCUUCCCUAAGCAGAAGGAGAAUAGAAAACCCUAAUUUCUGUUAUACUCAUCGCCAUUAAUGGCGGUGAUCAAACGUAAUUUGGAACCACUUACUACUUCAGAACUUAAACAGAAUGGGGUUCCUCCUCCAACAACCGAGAAAGUAAGUGGAAAAGUUUGGUUUUAUCUGGUUCUACUUACUAUUCAAUACGGUGCACAACCCUUGAUUUCCAAACGAUGCAUCAAGCGAGAGGUUAUCGUGACUUCAUCUGUUCUGGCAUGUGAAGUAGCAAAGGUUACUUGUGCACUAUUUCUCAUUAUGAAAGAAGGAAAUUUGAAAAAAAUGUACAAAGAGUGGACUUUGAUUGGUGCAUUGACGGCAUCAGGCCUUCCAGCAGCUAUAUAUGCACUGCAAAAUAGCUUGUUGCAGAUCUCCUACAAGAAUCUAGAUUCCCUUACCUUCUCAAUGCUCAAUCAGACAAAGCUACUUUUUACGGCUUUCUUUACAUAUCUCAUAUUGCGGCAAAAGCAAUCAGUUCAGCAAAUUGGGGGUCUUGUCUUGUUGAUUCUUGCAGCUGUUCUGUUAAGCGUUGGGGAAGGCACGGGCUCUAGUGGCAGUGACGCGGAUCUGAUUUUAUUUCAUGGUAUUAUUCCUGUUCUAGUUGCAUCUGUACUCUCGGGGUUAGCUUCUUCUCUCUGUCAGUGGGCUUCUCAGGUGAAAAAGCAUAGUUCAUACCUAAUGACUGUAGAAAUGUCAGUUGUUGGAAGUCUGUGCUUGCUGGCAAGUACCUACAAGUCUCCUGAUGGAGAACAGAUCAGAAAGCAUGGAUUUUUUUAUGGUUGGACCGCAUUCACCCUGAUACCAGUCCUAACCAAUGCUGUUGGUGGAAUCCUUGUUGGACUUGUUACUGCUCAUGCCGGUGGCGUUCGCAAGGGAUUUGUCAUUGUUUCAGCGCUGCUGGUAACCGCUUUGCUGCAGUUUAUUUUUGAUGGAAAACCACCAUCUAUAUACUGUCUUUUGGCAUUGCCACUUGUGAUCAGCAGCAUUUCUAUUUACCAGAAAUACCCUUACAAGCUUAAGAAAAAGUCUUCUUGAAAGGGUUUGUGUAUUUCUCUUGUGCAAUCGAUUUAUGUGCUGCCAAGUGUUUGAAGUUUGGAAUAGUAUUGAUAUUAUUUCUGUCAUGGUAGUUAAAGUUAGCGGUCGAUCGCAAACCUCUUAUCAGCAAGCAAACUUUGGGAGCUGUGUAGCUAAGAUUUGUUUGUUUGUUAUUUGUCUUCUUUUUUUUUCUACCGGAAAUGAGUCUAUUCUAAUUCUUCGUUCUGAAUUUUGUCCAAUCAGAUUUGGAGCUUGGACAUAGUUUUGUUAAUAUUAGUGUGACCAUAAAAGUUGAAGAUUAGGCUCGUUGUCAAUGUGACUAAGCCUUAGCCCCUUCCAGAAAUUUCGACUCUGACACUGGUGACCAGUCUCUGGUACUUAAAUCUUCCAGUUCUUUCUGUUUUUCUAUUGAUUUCUAACCUGCAGAUUAUAAUGAAGUUGGAUUAUUUCUGCUCUUAACAUAUAUGAUAACUUUAGGAAGGGUAUAUAUGAAGGUUAUGCAUGUCAUAUGGUAGUAAUUGUUUUUUUUUUUAAUUUUAGAUAUACAAUUUUAAUAAGAUUCGUACAUAUGGUACAAGCCUUACAAGGUGAUAUUUAUGUUCUAAAAAAGUAUUAAGCUCUGUGCCUGGAACAAUUACCCCUAUGCGGGAAACCCUUCCCAUAUGACAAUUUAAUUCCUGUGGAGACUUGGUUGUAACUGCUUAACAAUUCUUAAUAGCUGUAGUUCUCUUUCA